AUGCCUCUCAACAUCAUCGUCCUGGUCGUCGACCCCCGAGGCGACGUUCUACCCUUCCUCGCCCUCGCCUCCUCCCUCCAAAAGGCAGGCCACCGCUUCGAAUUCUUCCCCGUCAGCGGCGACACGGCCGACCUCAUGGCCUACAUGGUCGAGUCCAUCUCCCAGAUCCGCGCCGGCAUCAACCAGCGGAAGCGAGACAUGUACGUCGAGAUGCUCGACGGCUUCUGGCAGUUCUGCAUCCACCCGGAACCGCUGUCCAAUAUGCCCUCCGUGGCGGACGCCAUCAUCGUGAAUCCGCCGAGCUUCGCUCACGUGCACUGCGCCCAGGCUCUGGUUAUCCCGGUGCAUUUCAUGUUCACCAUGCCGUGGGGCAGCACCAAGGCGUUCCCACACCACCUAGCGAAUACCGGGUUUUCAUAG